GUGCCGGCAAAACCCCAUCCCUGGGCGCAGGCUUCCACGUGAACCUUGGGAAGGAGUCGAGAGCACAGACCCUGCAGAACGGCCGGCGCCAGAUCCACCACCUGGGGAGCCAGCUGCAGCUGAACCAGCACUGCCUGGACACGGCCUUCAACUUCUUCAAGAUGGCCGUGAGCAAGCACCUGACCCGCGGCCGCAAGAUGACCCACGUGAUCGCCGCCUGCCUCUACCUCGUGUGCCGCACGGAGGGCACGCCGCACAUGCUCCUGGACCUCAGCGACCUGCUCCAGGUGAACGUGUACGUGCUGGGGAAGACGUUCCUCCUGCUGGCGAGAGAGCUCUGCAUCAACGCGCCGGCGAUAGGCCUCUUCCUGUGCCCGCUGGCGUCCAGGAGAACAGGCCUGGAUCACCCAGAGGACGGUCCCCAGGGCCGGGCAGGCAGCGUCCGGCAGGAGGGCCUGGAGGCUGGAGGGCUGCUGGUCGGGGAGGCCCCGUCCCUGCUGAGUACCGGGAAGGUGCUGCUGGAGCCGUCGGACACGAACCUGGUCAGGUUCUGGGCGAGGACCACCCCCAGGCGCUUGAGCUCGAUCUUCACACUGUACUCGGCUUUCCCGGAGCUGGACCCGUACAGGCCCAGCCCCGCCACGAACACCCUCCUGUCCGCCGCAAACUGGAUGCUGUCGCAGCGCCCCCGGCCCUGCCGCUUGCACUCGGCCUCGGCCCAGUUGAGCACGGCCUCGAAGACCACGGCCUCCUUGGUGUUGAGGGCCUCCCGGGUGAUGACGACCUCCAGGGUCUGCCAGUCGAUCUCGCAGAAGCCCUCGGACCGCAGGGCCAUCUCCGCCUGCGCGUCGAUGACCUCCCAGCAGCGCUGGGUCAGCUCCGGCUCCUCAAACAGCCGGCUCUGCGACAGCAGGACACAGGCGUUCUUGGCCUCCAGGCUCGUCUCCAGGAAGUGCACGCAGGCCUUCGCCAGCGCGGGGACGAUUCUGGGUCGCAGGCACCUGUUCUGCUGCCUCACCCCCACUUCCUUCCCAGCCCUUCUGGUCGCAGCCAGGAUGCACGACUUCCGGAGAACCGUCAAAGAGGUCAUCAGCGUGGUCAAGGUGUGCGAGUCCACGCUGAGGAAGAGGCUCACGGAAUUCGAAGACACCCCCACUAGUCAGCUGACCGUGGACGAGUUCAUGAGGAUCGACCUGGAGGAGGAGUGUGACCCCCCGUCGUACACGGCUGGCCAGCGGAAGCUGCGGGCGAAGCAGCUGGAACAAGUCCUGUCGAGAAAACUGGAGGAAGUGGAAGGGGAAAUCUCCAGCUACCAGGACGAAAUCGAGACUGAACUCGAAAACAGCCGGCCCAAGGCCAAGGGGGCGCUGGCCAGCCUGGCGAGAGACGGCCCCAUCGAGGACACCACGGCCAGCUUGUUUGGCGAGGAGGACGCCGAGGACGAGGAGCUGGAGGCCGCUGCCAGCCACCUGAACAAGGACUUCUACCCGCUGUGCUUCCCUCUAGAAGACGCUUCUGGGGACGGCGAGCUGGACCUCAGCGGCAUCGACGACCUGGAGAUCGACAGGUACAUCCUGAACGAGGCAGAAGCCCGAGUGAAGGCCGAGCUGUGGAUGCGGGAGAACGCCGAGUACCUGCGGGAGCAGAGGGAGAAGGAAGCCCGCAUCGCCAAGGAGAAGGAGCUGGGCAUCUACAAGGAGCAGAAGCCCAAGAAGCCGUGCAAGCGCAAGGAGCCGAUCCAGGCCAGCACGGCCGGCGAGGCCAUCGAGAAGAUGCUGGAGCAGAAGCGCAUCUCCAGCAAGAUCAACUACCCUGCCAGCCUGCGGCCAUGGCCUGGGCCGUUGGAGAGGAGAGCCUCUGGGAAGCAAGGCCAAAGUCCCGGGCGCAGCCGUCCUGCCGGCGUCCCUCUGAGAAUGGAGGCCUGGUCUGGGACGGCCCUCCCGGCCGGGGCAGGGUCUUCACUCCUUACUGUCAGGAAACAGGAUGGAAAGCAGAGAGGGGUCCCCAGGGGUCGCAGAGCAGCUGCAGGUGCAGGCUCAGGAGUGGGGCCGGUCAGCGUCCCUGGGGGUGGCCUGGAGCCUUGUUCAGAGCUGUCCCCUCAUUCGCAGACCCUGCUCCCAAAUGCCCCCGCCCGCGGCUGCGACCCAGGGAGGCCUGCGGCGGUGCUGGUGGAGAGCGGGCCUGUGUCGUACCACCCCGAGGAGGAGGCCGAGGAGGAGGACCCCGACCCCGAGGAGGAGGGCGGGUCUGGGGACCGGAGUGGCCAGGAGCGUUGCCAUGGGCCCCAGUGUUCCCGGGCUGGGCCCUGGGCUGUGGCUGGAUGGGCGGGCAGGGGCUCCUGGACCCCGAGGGAGGCUGUGUCUCCUGACGGGUGGAGCUUGGAUCCUGGGAUGCAGGGUGCGGUCACCCCUGGUGCCUCCGGCUGA